CAAAAUUACUCCAAAAACAGCACCAUUAUCACCAAAGAUAAGCAAUUCAAUAGAUAAAUUAAUCAAGUAUAAAAGAGCGCUAUUAAUCGCCGGACAGCCCCAGUUGGAAGAAAAGACACAAGAGAUGAGGAACCUUCUAGUGCUUUCAGUUGUGAUAUUCUUAGCGUUCUCGAACGGUGAGAAAGCUCGGUUCGACAACUACAAAGUGUUCUCAGUAGAAGUGAAUAAUGAAGAACAAUUGAAGGUGCUGAGAGAAAUGGAAGAAGCACCAUUUUCCAGUUAUGAUUUCUGGAAGGCUCCUGGAAAAGUUGGUCAUUCUGUUGAUGUAAUGGUGCCUCCGCAUAAAUCAUCGGAAUUUGAAGAGAUUAUGUCAUCCCUUAAGUUUGAGACAAAGCUGAAGAUAUCUAAUGUUCAGGAGCUUAUUGAUAACGAGCAACCUAAAGCAGCCCCAGCCAAUGAUGAUUUCGGGUGGGAUAGAUAUCACACUUUGGAGGAGAUCUACAGUUGGUUGGAUGGACUUCUUGUAGAGUAUAGUGAUGUCUUGACACCAAUCAGUGCCGGAAAUAGUGUCGAAGGGCGACCAAUCAGGGGUGUUCUCCUAUCUUACAAGGAAGGCAAUCCUGCUAUCUUCAUUGAAUCAAACACUCACGCUAGGGAAUGGAUUACAUCUGCAACUGCCACUUACGUUCUCAAUGAGUUCCUAACAUCAACUGAUCCGGAAGUUCGUGAAAUCGCUGAGAACUAUGAUUGGUACAUCUUCCCGAAUGUUAAUCCUGAUGGUUUCCACUUCUCCCAUGUGAACAAUCGUAUGUGGAGGAAGACUCGUGCACGUCACGGAGUGAUAUGCCUAGGAGUCGAUCCUAAUAGGAACUGGGAUCAUGGUUGGCAAGAUGGUUCUGCUCCUGGAGCUAGUAAUGACGUAUGUUCAACAACUUAUGCUGGUCCUGCACCGUUCUCCGAACCAGAAACCAGAAAUCUAGCUGAUUUUGUUCUAGAACACGCUGAUCAUAUAAAGAUUUACUUGUCCUAUCAUUCGUACAGUCUUCUCCUACUAUUCCCAUGGUCUUACACAUCAGCCCCUGCAGAGGACUACGAUGAUCUUCAUCACAUUGGAACAGUAGCGGCUGACCGCUUGAAGGAAGUCUACCAAACUGAGUAUACCGUCCAGACUUUCUAUGAUCUCUACAUUUCAACAGGAACCAGUAUCGAUUGGGCCUAUGCCGAUGCAGGUAUCAAGCUAGCCUAUACCUAUGAAUUCCGCGACAAUGGCACCUACGGAUUCAUCUUGCCGGCUGAUCAAAUAAUACCCAAUUCCAUUGAAGUCCUACAAUCAAUGAUCGCUAUGUUGGCGGAGAGCACGAGAUUGGGCUAUAUGUCAUAACAGGGGUAAUAAAGAUGAUUGAAAAGC